CCAAGGAGCGCUUCCCGGGCCAGUCGGUCUAUCACAUCAAGUGGGUGCGCUGGAAGGAGGAGAACACGCCCGUCAUCACGCAGAACGAGAACGGCCCCUGCCCCUUGCUGGCCAUCAUGAACGUGCUGCUCCUGGCCUGGAAGAUAAAACUGCCACCAAUGAUGGAAAUCAUAACAGCUGAACAGUUGAUGGAAUAUUUAGGAGAUUAUAUUCUUGAUGCAAAACCUAAAGAGAUAUCUGAAAUUCAGCGUCUAAAUUAUGAACAGAACAUGAGCGAUGCAAUGGCAAUUCUGCAUAAGUUGCAGACAGGCCUGGACGUGAACGUGAAGUUCACGGGUGUGCGCGUGUUUGAGUACACACCUGAAUGCAUAGUGUUCGAUCUUCUUGAUAUCCCCUUGUACCACGGAUGGUUAGUGGACCCUCAGGUUGCUGACAUUGUAAAAGCAGUUGGUAACUGCAGUUACAAUCAACUAGUGGAAAAGAUAAUUUCUUGUAAACAGUCAGACAACAGUGAACUGGUUAGUGAAGGAUUUGUAGCUGAACAAUUUCUAAAUAACACAGCUACACAAUUGACAUACCAUGGGCUGUGUGAGUUGACUUCAGCUGUCCAGGAGGGAGAGCUUUGUGUGUUCUUCAGGAACAACCAUUUUAGCACCAUGACUAAAUAUAAGGGUCAGCUUUACCUGCUGGUGACAGACCAGGGUUUUCUUACAGAAGAGAAAGUUGUUUGGGAAAGCUUACACAAUGUGGAUGGUGAUGGAAAUUUCUGUGAUUCUGAAUUCCACCUACGGCCACCAUCAGACCCUGAAACUGUCUACAGAGGGCAACAGGAUCAGAUAGAUCAGGAUUAUCUGAUGGCAUUGUCACUACAACAAGAGCAGCAAAAUCAAGAGAUUAACUGGGAACAAAUCCCAGAAGGAAUCAGUGAUCUGGAGCUAGCAAAGAAGCUCCAGGAAGAGGAGGACAGACGAGCUUCUCAGUUCUACCAGGAACAGGAACAAGCAGCCGCUCAAGUCCAGCAGGUGCAAGGUGCUGCUUCUCCAGCAAGUGGAAGACAAUCUGGGAAUAGUGAACGCAAACGCAAAGAGCCUCGAGAGAAGGAGAGAGAAAAAGAGAAGAACAGCUGUGUUCUCUUGUAACAGGAAGUGGAUUUAGUCUGGAGCCACGUGCAUGUCCUCAGAAGCAAAAACAAGGAGUAAAAAGGAAGACAAACCCGUUACAUGCCGCCUGUGCCUGAUUACCCCAUGGAUUUUGUUCACGUUUCAGGAGAGGAUGGGUGACUUUGUUACAAUCAUACAGACUUUCUUCAAAGUCAUAGAGCGUGCUGCUUGAGAUGGAAUUCCAAAUCACAGUUGGAUGCGGCUGUGCUUUGAGUUAGUCAUAAGAAAUAUUGCACCUUGUAGCUGAACACACAAAUCAUGGCAAGUUUUGUGUCAUAGUGACAUGCGUUACUCAUUGCAUCAGUUAGUAAGCUAUUUUAUCUUCUACUCUAAACAAAGGAAGUAAUUGGUUUUGUGUCAGACUCCUUCCGGAAGUCUGUAUUUUAGCACAACAGAAUCCUGUUACUUUAAUGGUAUGAAACUAUACCUUACGCUGGGUAUUCAUAACACAAGAGCCCAAUGAACAGCUGGGCACUGCCUCCUCAGCGUGUCCAGGUUUCUUUGCUUCUGGAUCUGGUAUGUUUGGAUUUUAAACCAAGAUUUAUACUAUCAGUGGUAUUAUUGCACCCCCAGCUUUAUCUUGCUUCACGAACCUGCGAUUUGGUAGGUGUCAUACUAAAAGUAUGUGUUAAAGAAAACGGGGCGUUUAUUGAUGAGCAAGAUGAAUAUUAUUUGCUUUUCUUGCAAUUAAACCUGGGUAUGGAAACUCAGAUGUUAUCAGGGUUAUACAAAUAAUUUUAUAGAGGAUAUUUUUUUCUUUUAGUAUUUUUUUCUCUUGUAGGUAAACUGGACCAGAUAAGUUAUUUAUUGACCUCUCCAUAUGAUAAGUUAAUGAUGAGAGGAAACUAAGGUCUAUAAUAAUCCUUAUUCUAUAUAAGAAUGCAGAAUUCAAAUAACUAUCUGCCUUUUUUCCAGAAGUACCUUGAUCUUUAACAUGAUGUUAAUGUGUCCACUUGUAUAUUUAAGCAAGUGUACUGUAGUUAAAUAUACAUUUUUGUUUUCUAAAUCAUGUAUUCUUAAAAAGCACACUUUUGAAGGGUGAGAGAGAAGCUAGGCUGCUCUCCAAGAUUGCUUGGAAAGGUAGUCAGGUGUAAUAUUUUAUUUUUUAAAUCACUAAUUUAGAGUUUUGGGGAAACUUCUGUAGAAACCAGAUUUUUCUAAUUUAUGGGAACCAAAUAAACAUGUUGCAUCUUGUAGUAUUUAUAGAACACAGAAACAGAGUAUUUCCUGAAUUCUGAGGGAACCACACUCCCCCUCUCCACAUCCAUUCAGUCAGUUACAAUUACCUUCUUGCUGAACCUUUUUGAUAAAAUUUAUAUUUAGCAAUUUGUAGAUACUUUUGAAAACGGCUGCUUCUCCUGGACAAGUUCUGAUUCAUGCUCUAGGCCUGGGUAAGUGCAUUAGUAUACGCUAGUCUGGGACAGCCAAGGCAGCCAGCUGGAAUAUGACAUUCCUAGUUAAUGGGUGUUUGAGAACGUCUGGAAGAGAGU